ACUUGAUGAUCUCUGCCUACAGCCGCCUACUACAACCACAACCAGGCGAGCGCCCACACCACCGACUACCGCCACCGCCACCGCCACCGCCCAUGGCGGGCCUACUCAGCAAGGUGUCCAGCGCCGUGGCCGCCUGCGCCCGCCGCGUCUCGCGCGCGGCGCGGCGCCUCCUCCGCGCGCGGCGGCCGCGCCGCGACUGCAGGCAGCUCGUGCCGGCCGACGACGAUCGCCAGGAGUACUCUGGCGACGACUCCGGCGGGGAGGAGGGCGGCCUGUGGCGGCGGGCGAUCCUGAUGGGGGAGCGGUGCAAGCCGCUCGACUUCCCCGGCGCCAUCCACUACGACAGCUUCGGCCGACGGCUCGCGGCCGCGCCCCCGCCCCGCGGCGGCAAGGCGACGGCGGGCCCGGGCCCGGGCGCGCUGCUCUGCCGCUCGGCGUGCGACGUCGACGAGGCCGCCCUGGCGUACAUGUGGACUAGCUAGGCACGCGCUGCCGCUCCCAACCGGUCGGCGUCAAUGGCUGCGGCGAUCCGUGCUCGAUCGUUCGACGCCCAUGGCGUUGUGCUCGGUUUUUUUGCUAGAUUGAUUGCACAUGUUGCUUGUGUUCGUCAUGUUUUUCCUGUUGGAUUUUGCAGUACAUUUCUCAGUGAAAAGUAAAACGUAGAGGGCGAUUGCUCGAGUUUAUCCCGUGAA